AUGAGAGCCAGGAUGAGAGUGGCACUGCUGUGUCUGGCAGCAGCUGUUUGUGUGUCAAGCGCUCAGACCAACAACAGCAGCAACGUCAAGCAGCAGCAGCAGCAGCAGCAGCAGCAGCAGCAGCAGCAGCAGCAGCAGCAGCAGCAACGCAGCGUCUGGGAUGAGCCCAUCAGAUUCAGCACCAAGAGCAAAGACUCCUGUACCAUGGUGGUGUCUGGAGCCGGGGACUAUACUCGCCUGCGUGUCUCCUGCAAAGGUCCCAGCCAGGGUCAGACCACAGGACGCUCCUACUACUGCGACUUCCAGGGCAAACCCAACUUGUGCCGCGCCUACAACCUCAACCCUCGCCACUUCUUCACCCAGAUGAUGUGGGACAUGAGGAAGCUGAGCCACGCCUGCCAGGGACCCAAAGUCUACCGCCCGGCAAUGUGCAAGAAAUACCCCGACGAUGCCCAGAUGACCUUCCUGGCCUCCUGGCCCAAGACCACCACCCCCAAGCCCUCCAAGCCCGCCCAGGAGCCACGUAAACCUGUGGUGCCAGCCCAGAACAAACCUGUCACUACUCCUAAACCUGUCAAGCCCCAGCAGCAGCCCGUCAAGCCUCAGCCAGGCAAGGGCCCAACCCAGACCAAGAAAGCUACCCCCAAGCCUGGGAAGACCACUACUCGUCCCACAGAGCAGCCUGACUCCAAAUCCUCCCGCAUUGCCAACGAGUACUGCUGGAAGAGCUUCCACGGCGUCUGCAGCUACUUCAUCAGCUGGUUCCAAAACUGAGGCGAUACUGCAGACACAGGUUGGAAACAGCAGCGUCAGAACUCUUCUCGACUGUCUUCCACCUCUCCAGGAUCUGUGUGGGAACCUCUGAAGUGAUUUUGUCACCUUGUGAGGUCCGACUCCCCACACUGCAGCAUCUUACGGGCUGAGCCAAAAACACUCGUCCUACACCUGUGUACGGUUAGAGGAUGACUGCUUGUGCUGUCAU